GGGGGCAACGGCAACAGCCAACACCAACACCAAUAAUAAUUAUAAUAAUAAUAAUAAAGACAUCUUGUUGUAUUUAGUUGAAUGUUUAAAUUCAAAGUUGCAAAACACAGCGGUCGCCACAGAAAAUCGAACAGAGAAAUGAGUGAAAUUUUAACAAGCAGAUCCUUGCGUGCGCCUUCGCUGUUGUUAUUCUUUGUAACUAUCUCUCUACAAUUCCUUUUAGGCAUUUCUGGUGAUUCGAAAAAUGGCACAAAGGCUGAUGCCCAUACUUCUGGUAGCAAUACUGCACCUAAGAUAGUCAUCAUAUUACUCGUGAUUGUGGCAGUAGGGUUGCUUUCAUUUUUCCUUUUCAAAUUUUGGCAAAAGAAGAAGAGAGAAGAGCAAUAUGCUCGUCUUUUGAAGUUGUUUGAAGAGGAUGAUGAGCUUGAGGUCGAACUUGGCCUUCGAGAUUGAUGCUUUUAACUAUUGAAGAUUGAGUUCGUCACAGUUGAGGCUUAAACAAAAUUUUUUACAAGGAAAACUUCUUCCUCCAAUGGCCAUGACUAGCGUGUGGGGAUGCUGUGCAUUGAGGUUAGGUGUUUCUCGAAUACACUGUAAUAUUUGUAAUGAGUUGUCCAAAUUAAAUUUUUCAUGAAUAUGAAGUCUUUUGAGUAUUUAGAGGAGAGAUUGAUACUAUUUUGUAUAAGAUGUAUGAGGAAUCUCAUUUCCAGCUUGUAAAAAUGAGUUCUUCAUUCUGAUAGACUUUGAAAGUGUGUAAGAAUCAAGAGUUUUGUAGCAUAUUCUUCAUAUUAGUAGAAAGAACAACUUAAUGCAACUCUUUUAACUA